CGCAUCGUAAUGGUGGGUCCCUCUACCUGGUUUUGGCAGCUGUCGGCCAACCAGGUAGGAGCUUGCAGCCGCUUCUUUUUGCCAUAUAAGCCCCGGCACUGGUGUGUCCUGGCACAGUCUGCUACCAAACCUCAACAUGAGCAUCAGCACUUUCAACUUCCAGUUCUACAACUACAAAAUGCCUGCGGCUAUGGGCUGCAGCACGUCGCGCUCUUCAUCGUCGUUCAUCAGCGAGCUGGAAAUGGACAUUGAUGAGGAGAUGUCCUCGCCGGCCGUCACCUCCACGCCCAAGCCGCGCUUCACCACGGAACUGGCCCUCCAGCUGCAGCGCGAGUCCCCGCAAACUCCGGCAAAGACCACACUCCCUGGCCUCAGGCCUCAACUUCACACGCCCCAGAAGCGCUGGUCCAUGGAGCUGCGCGAGAAGGUCCUGGAAAUGUCCAAGCGCAACAACGGCUCCGAUGGGGAGGAGCAACAACCACAGACCACAGAGCAGGAACAGCCACAGCAACAGCAACAAAAACAGCUGCAGCAGGAACAGGAAAAGUCAGAGCAGCACAACGGGGACCCUAAUGUGGCCCCGACUGUCACUGACAAAAUUAACUUCUUCAACAAGCUGACCAACACCUUCGAGUCCACACGGAGCGGAGCCACCGGCACUGCCAACAGCAGCAAAUGCCAUAACAACAAUCGCUUCAUUUCCCUGCUGCGCUCCACUCGGCCACAGGGCAUUGCCACCACAAGCUCCUCCAACAACAGCAGCCUCAGUGGCACCUCCGUCCUCAGCCAAGUGCCGCCCCCGAAGCCCAAGCGCUUGAUGGCCACCGCCCAGCCCGGCUCCACAUUCGCCAUGCCCUCGUCGAUGGGCAUGGGCGGCAGCCAGCGCAAGAGCUCGCUGCGGCGGAAGCCCUCCAUGGACAAGUCGAGGGCCACGAUUUCGCGCCAGAACUCGAGCGCCUCGGUGCGGCCCCAGCACCAUGCCAUCAUGGAGGAUCUCAGCCUAGUGGUGCCCGUCCGACUGCGCAUCGCCGAGUACGAGCAACGCAUCUCCAUGAGUGCCUAGAAGAGCUCUAUGUGGACCUAUGUGGGAGGAGGAGUGGCCUGUGCAAAAUGAUGGUUCCCAAGGAUAACCCUAGUUGUAAUCUAUCCAAAUAGUUCUGUAGCUCUAAGUUAGAUAUAACUUUUAAAGAACAAUACAUAUAUA